GCCCAGUCUGAAGAUGACAAGAGGAGGGCGACGAUUACAUCCGAGUACGUGAAGAAUUUCAAGAAGGUCAAAGUGCUGUACGACAACGCGAUCUUGCAGCACACGUCUACCGCGCAGCUCAUCCAGACCUGGAAGUGGGCCAAGAACAGCCCAGACGCCCUGAAAUAUUUCCAGGCUGCCUACGACAAGGUGAAUGCUAUCGUGGCUGAGCACAAGUUCCUGUUCAAGCUGAUGUCUGAGGACAAGCUGCCU